AUGAAUAAAAUUAUUCCGAUCUGGAUAUGUACUGUAUGGCUACUGAGUACAGUGAUGACCGAAACAGUAGAGAUUGAUUUACGAGAAGGAUUAAUUUUAAAUGUAACACAAAAAAGUUUGUUUACACGAAAUUUAACUGAAGGAAAAAGUGGUGAUCAUCUUCUAACUGAACAAUGGCAAGAUUAUGUUUUAGCUAAUGCUAUGCUUACAAAUUAUUUAAAUAUUCUCCUAGUUCAUGCAUCAAAAACAGAUUUUAGUCUUGACAAUGGUUCAAAUCAGUGUACACUAUAUAUCAAAAGUUUGAAUUCUUUUCGUCAUACAAUUAUUCAACUAGCUGAUAAUAUACGACAUCAUCUUACAGAUUUAUGUAUAGAUAUGCAUCGUAUUCAUAGGAGUUUAGAAAAUGUUCCUAUUCAUUUAAAAACUAUUCUUGUUUUGAUUAAAAAAGGAAGUAAAACUCUAAUUAACAUAAAAUUAUCUGCUUUAUUGACAAAAAAUGAAAAUAUCGUUAAUGGUUAUUUAAAAAUCUUACGAAAUUCAAAAAUAAAAUUUGAAGAAAUCAAAAAUCUUCUUGCAGAGUUAAAUUCUUUAAUAUCUAUGUUAACAAUUAACAAUGUUAUUACUUUACAAAUAGAAGAUGUCACAAUACAAUGGAAUUUUCUUACUGAUUUAUUUACUCAUUUAGCAGUUCAAGCUGAAACAAGUAGUAAUUAUUUUCUUCUUCAAUUCAAUUGGAUUUUAGAACAAUUUAUUCAAUUUGAUAUUGAUACUAAUCGUGAUUUAAUUAUUAAUUUACUUUUAUCAAAAGUUAUUGAAAUUGAACGUAUACUUGAUCUUCUUGCGAUUAUAUCUGAAAUAUAUGUAGAUAUAUCAUUACAAUAUUCAAAUGAGAAAUUAAUAGAUAAUUCAAAUUUAUUACUUAUAUCAAAUGAACAAGAGCGAAAAGAUUCUAUUCGACAACAUCGAUAUGAAUUACAACCACAAACAGUUAAAUUUGCACGACUUGCAUUGACAAGACAUGAUGAAUUUCUUCAACGUAAUCAAAAUCGACAAAUAACCUAUGAAAAAUUUCUAAAUGAAUCAUCUCAAUCGGAUUUAAAUAUUUUAUUAAUGAAUUAA